AUGCACGAGGAGGACGUUACACAAAACCCCAUGAAGUUUGGGGAGUGCAGGGAUGCCCUGAAGCCCAGCCCUGAACCCCAAGUGAAGCGGCUCUGCCACAGAAGACGGACAAGCCAAGGUGAAGACACUGAGAGGUUAGAAGCUUGCAUGCUAGUAAGUAGCAAAGCCAGGUUUGGACCCCCGGUGCAGUGCUCGAGGCUGCUCCGAGCCAGUGGUCUAAAGUGUCAUACUCAGCCUCCUGUACCAUCCACACUCAGGGACUGGGCAAUAAGGACGUGUUUUCGGAGUAACAGCCUUGGGCAGGGUCCGAUACUCUCGUUUGUAAUAAACUUGUGUAUUCCUCAAUCAGCCAAGACUCACAGCUUGCCAUGUGCCAGGCACCACGAUAGGCUCUGGGAUUACCACACCAAGCAAACGCCGACUCAGACCUUGGCUCGUGGAGCUUCCAGUCCAGGGGGCUCACGAGUGAGAGCAUCGUCGCAGGCUGCGACCAAAGUGCCCUGGAAAGAUGAACCAUCCUAUGGAGAACAGCAGUCCUGGAGAAUGGCUGUGUCCGCCGUGGACUUUUUGCAUGAAAAAAGAAAUGCAGCCUUCCUGGGACCACCAUGCUGUGAGAAUGUCAGGCUACAUGACAGGCCCUGGAGGAUACGACACUACCUGGGAAGAAAGAGACCAAGGAAUGUUAAAUGUGCCGGACACUUGAGUACAAAGUCCUUUGGGUAGUGGGUCCUCCGUCUAGAACAGAGAUAAACCAUUCAGCCAAGCCCUCCACAUGUUCCUCACCUGCAAAAUCAUGAGCAAAAUAAAUGGUGGUUUGAAACCA